AUGGCUCUUAAACUUGAUAUGAGUAAGGCGUAUGAUCGGUUGGAGUGGGACUUUUUGGAGGCUAUGAUGCGGAAGCUUGGGUUUGCUGAUAGAUGGGUUCGGCUGCUUAUGACCUGUGUUCGGAUAGUUACUUAUGCUAUUCUUAUUAAUGGCCAACCCCAUGGACAUAUUGUCCCUUCUAGAGGUAUUCGUCAGGGAGAUCCACUUUCCCCGUAUCUCUUCAUUAUUUGUGCUGAAGCUUUAAGUAGUAUGUUGAAUCAUGCUGUAGGAUUGGGGAAGAUUUAUGGUGUUCCCAUUUGCAGAGGUGGGACAAGAAUAAAUCACCUUUUUUUUGCUGAUGAUAGCCUUUUGUUUGGGAGGGCAAAUCUAGAAGAAUGGAGGCAAAUUAAGGAUAUUUUGGAUGUCUAUGAGAGGGCUUCUGGGCAGAAAGUAAAUAUUGAAUAG